AUGAAGGAAGCCAUUGUUGACCCCGAUCUUAACGUGUCUAUUCACGACACAGCUCUCCCGGUCCCUGAGCCGGGUCAGGUCCUCAUUCGGGUCGUGGUGUCCGGCACCAACCCCAAGGACUGGAAAAUGCCCCGCCUCUUUGCCAAAACGCCCAGCAAUUCGGGUGAUGAUAUUGCCGGAUACGUUGAAAGUGUCGGCGAUGGAGUAGUCAGCUUCAGGAAGGGCGAAAAGGUGGCUGCGUUCCACCAGAUGAUGACCUCUGGCGGAAGUUUCGCCGAGUAUGCAAUUGCCUGGGAGCACACAACUUUCCGCAUUCCGGAGAAGACAAGCUUUGAAGAGGCCGCCACACUGCCCCUGGCCGCUAUGACAGCGGCCCUCGGCCUGUACCAGAUCCUGGGCCUGCCGCUGCCCUGGAGCCCGACCAGUGCGCCACAGCCAUUGGUAAUUUACGGAGGCGCUACAGCCGUCGGAGCGUUUGCUCUGAAGUUCGCUCAAUUGUCGAAUAUCCACCCGCUCAUUGUGGUGGCUGGUAGAGGCAGCGACUUUGUCGAAACACUCAUAGACCGCAGUAAGGGCGACACAAUCAUUGACUACCGCGAGGGAGAUCAAGUGGUUCAGACCAAGAUUAAGUCCGCAGCGGCUGGGAAGCCCAUUCACCUCGCAUUCGACGCGGUGUCAGAGAAGGGUAGCUACCAGAAUCUAUGCGCAUCGUUGACAGCCCCGGGCAAGAUUACCGUUCUCCUCCCGCCUGCGGAAGAUUACCAGAUACCUGAGGGAAUGAACAUCGAACGAACCUACGUGGGAUCGGUGCAUAAUUCUCCCGCAGCGGGGAAGACGAUUGAAGAUCGCGAGUUCGGGGCCGCUAUGUUUUCCCUAAUCGGGCGAGGCCUGGCUCAGGGGUGGUUCUCGGGACAUCCCUAUGAAGUGCGCCCAGGCGGACUGGGUGGUCUGCAAGGGGCAUUGCGGGAUCUAGAAGCCGGUAAAGCAUCUGCAGUGAAAUAUGUAGUUAGGAUUGCGGAAACUGCGGGCGUGCAGUAG